CUUCGGUUAACCGGAUACGGUACGAAAUAAGCGGAGCUGCAGCUGAUGAUGGCGCCUUGGUUGAUGUAUUUACGGUACCAACGCCUCCAGGGAAGGAAACUUCAAACAAUCUCGCCUUUUCCUCUCCUGACCAGAACCCUGAGCUUUUUCUUCAACUUGGCUUAUCAGUGUCGUAUGAGAAUCCCUACCAUUGUCUUUGUGGGUCUUCUUGCAUUCGAUGUGCGCCUCCAGCUCCAGAUCAAUGUAGUCCAGAUUUAACAUCUUAAAUAUGUAGUAUCUACAAAUUGCUCUCCUCCACUAAACAUAAGAAGUCUUUUUUUGUAUCAGAACUUGGUAUAUUAUUCCACCAUGACAAGAAGUGUGAAAGAUCUGCGAGAACUUAUUUGUGUAUCAAGACUCUCAAUACGAGAUGAUGACGAUGAUGACUAUGACCUUUCCAGACCUCUUAGUUCUUUGAGCAUCUAUGGGGAAAGGUCUGCAGGGCUUGUCAACGGAAAUGGAGAUUACCUCCAGAGAGCAGAUGUACAGAGAGCUCAAGGAGCCAGUGAAAGUGUGUUUGCUGUACCGAGACCUCCAUCAAGCUCCAAAGGAGGCUCACGAUUGAAAUCAGGGAAGAGACCUCAGUCGGCACACAGCAAAUCACUCUCCGAACAUUCUAGUUUCAACUUCCGCAAGGGUUCUGUGCCAUUACCACCAGUCGGAGGAAGUUCUAGGCCAGGGUCCAACAGCAGCUCAGGUAGUGAUAGGCCAGGAAGCGGGGAAAGUGCCAGGAGUAACUUUGAUCAUGUUCUGCAGUACUUGACUGAGGCUUCCGUCACAGAAUGGCUCGAAAGGACCACUCAGAUGCUAAACGAACUAACAGAUUGGUGUAAUAAUCUGGAUAAUUUUGUGGAUUUUGCACAGUUUUGGUUGACAGAAUUCCCAGAAAACCAGCGCCUGGAGAUCUACAAACUUGAAAUCAGCAUUGUAGCUGAUGAGCUUGUUGCUGCCUUUGGAGAUGCAUACGUCCAAGGAAAAGUCCACCCUUCAGAUAUCAGUGGUAUCAUUUCAGCCAUCCUCCAAGAGUACCCAAACAAAUUAUGCAGUGCACAGGGAGGUCAUGUUUUCCUUGAUAUCUUGGACACCAUCACAUCUCAAAAGACUCAGGUUUACAGAAGGCUCUUGACAGACACAAGGAUAUCGACAAAGAACAGCACUUAUGCUCAGAGUCUACUGGCUCUCAGGGCAUUUUCACUUCUGAGCAUAUGGAGCAGUGUUGUUCAUUUCUACAAGAGAGUAACCGAUCAGGCUACUGGAGCUGAAGGUGGUGAGAAGCCACUUGAGAAGAAGUCCACAGGUCACGGAGAGCCUGUCGCCCAGCAGAGGCUAUUCAAAUCUGUGCAGAAGGGGUACGUGAGUGUCAUCUAUUACUACUUGAGGAAUGGAAGAGUGAAGCUGGAUGUGAAGGAUGAUCAUGGAAGGACACUCACCUUUGCUGCUGUUCUGGCCAAUCAGAGCAGUGUUCUGCAUUAUCUUAUCACAAAGCACAAAGUUGCGCUUCCGGUCAAUGAAGCUGGUGAAUCAGGCAACACUCCGUUACACACGGCAGCCAACUGGAACUAUGUGGACUGUAUCCAAGUCCUUCUCACCAAGGGAAAUGCUGACGUCAACAUAACCAAUCCAGAAUGUGACAAUGCCACCCCACUUCAUGUUGCUGUUAUGCAAGGUCACGUGGAAGCAACCAAGAUGUUGGUGUCUGCAGGUGCGAAUGUGACGGCCAGCAUGAAUGGCAUCACUCCUCUACAGCUGGCCACAGAUAUGGGGCAUGGAGAGAUCAGAAAGUUACUUUUGACGAAAUCAGGGCUUGGUGACUACCAUGAUGAAGCUAUGGAUGUUGCUGAUGGGGAAGAUGAUGCAUAGAUCCGUCUUCAUGGAGGAAGUCCACUCUGGUGUACAGGGCAUCCCGUAAAAAAAAGGAAUCUAUCUUUCAUAUAGAUAUCACAUCAUUGAAUAUGACAUUAUUCUUCUACACCUAGCUACGGAUAUGGGGUAUGGAAAGAUCAGAAAACUGCUCUUGACGAAAUCAGGGCUCGAUGACUUCCAUGAUGAAGCGAUGGAUUUCGCUGAUGGAGUGGAGGAUUAGAUCCGCAUAUAAAAAGUAGAAGACUUUUUAUAUGCCUUUAUAAAAUCGGAUAAAGAUUGUAGUAAAUCACAAAUAUCUAAAGGACAUGUCCACCACAACAAAAAGUUGAUUUGAAUAAAAAGAGAAAAAUCCAACAAGCAUUACACUGAAAAUUUCAUCAAAAUCAAAAUAAAAAAAAGGUGUUUUUUUAAGUGAAUUUCUCAAAACCGUUAUAUAAAGUGUUACUUAUCGGGGCUGGUGUUGGGGCAGUGGCGGUAAUUUAGUUUGAGGUUUUAGGGGUUUUCCCCCCUUUUGAGCAUCAUCAUAUCCAUCCAUUGUAGGCUCUGUACCUAUCACCGGUGAUGUAAUUUAAGUCUUUCAUUAUUAAAGUGUGUUACUCUUGCAUAAACUCCACAAUCUGGUAUUGCACUGUUAAAACAAUUCAGUCUUCGCUGUUGUGUUUAACUGUAAACUUCAUUAUAUGUCAGGGUUCCCAGCCCAUCAGGGAAAAUUAUUUUACUUUUUUCCAGUCAGGGAAAAAUCAGAGAAUUUGAUUUUUAAAAAUACCUCAAAUCAGGGAAUUUUGAUUGUUACAAAAGUCGAAAGCUCGGUAGUCAGUCAGACUCUUGUUAUAUUUUGUUGCAUAUCAAAACAACAUCCAUUGAAUGACUGGUUAUGGUGGUUUUUUAGUGUUUAAUGAUUAGUUUUACAUUACAGUAUUGUUUUUAUACUGAAAAUACAUGUAAUUCACUGCAACAACUUAGAAAACAUGCAAAACUGGAAAUGGGUUUAAAUGAUUAUCAGUAAGUUUUUAAACUUCAUCAGGGAAGUUUGUUUUUCUUGAAAAGCUGGGAACCCUGUUAUCCUUACUUUAGAGUGCACAGAGCCAGGGUAAAUACUUUAAUAUUUUGUUCAGAUUAAUGAUAAUUGAUACAUUAAAAAAAUCAUGUCUAAAGUUGUUUUUCUUGUUAUUGGCUGUUAGUUUGAAAUUGAAUCUUGUACCGAUGUACAUUUAUUUUGAAUAUUUCAUCAUUUGUGUGAUUUUUGUUUUUUCUUCAGAUUCCUUGGUCCUUUGGAAAUCCUGUUCAGCAAAAUGCCUUACCACUAGACUUGUACUAAGUCCUGUACAUUAUUUUUUUUUUCGCUUCAAAUUUUGGACUACCUGGUCCCCUCUCUUUCUUUGCAGAAAGUUUUGUAGAUUGAUGAGAAAGACAAUGAAUUGGGAUAUAACAAAUUUAAAGCUUGUAUCCUAGAACUGUUGUCAAACAUUAUAUUUUAAUAAUGAUUAGACUGACGAGAGAUAAGCUUUGAAAAUAUUAUUAUUUUGGGAUCGUGAUUUUUAGCCCCUUUGAAGAGUUGAUUUGCCGAGUCUAAUCCUCAAGAUAUUUGACACAGUGCGAUAACAAUGGGCUGCACACACAAACGUUUUGACCGCUUGAGAAUGCAUCGCACUGAUUAACUGUUCCAUCAUUUAUAAUUUUGUGAAAUUUACCGCUAGUAGCACAGGGCCAUUUAACAUGAAAUGUACAAACAACUUAAUUAAGUUGUUGAUUAAUUGUAAUUGUAAGUUUGGUUGCAAACCAAAUUGUGUAAAGGCUGCAAGGUCUUUGUUGUAUAAAAACUUUUAAAAAAAGAUGGUAACUACAAUGGAAUCCUAGAGUUUGAUUGGGUGUGGAGACCUGAUACUGUGGCAGCUGCAAUUGUGGCACAGUUGCCAUAGUUAAGUCUUUACUAAAUGGGACCUGGUUGCAGAAAUAACAUCUUUUGUAAUCUUAUAUUUCAUGUUUGUAGGUUAUUUAAAAAUAAAAGAUGGUAAUGAAGCAUGUGAUUGUAGUGAACACAGGUCCAAAUUGUACCAAUAACUCAAAAGAAAAUUUAUUUCUACAGGAUUUCGAGAUUGGUAUGUAAAAAAAAAUCUUGUAAAGUGUAAAAAAAGGCUUAACAUAAAAUAAGGUACACUGUCAUCUUGAAGGAAAAUUUUAUCUUAUUUUUAAUCUGAAUCUAUAUUUAGAAUGAUGUACAGUUGAAAAAAAUAUGUCUAUUUUUGAAAUACUUUCUUCCUGCCACAAAUUUGACAUUGUUAUCAAAGAUUAAUCCUUAGAAUAGAUUAUUUAUGUUGCCUUGUAAUUGUCAUUUGUCAUCUAUAUAGAGUUUUGAUGUUUCACUACUGAAAUUAUAUUUACAAAGCUUGGUAUACAUUUUGCAAAUAUCUUUGAAAGAACAAUACACUGAUACAUAAACUAUUAUUGUUUUUUUUUAAUUAUUUGAAAUGCAUACUAUAAUAAUUUACAAGUUUCAUUUAUAGAACAAACAGCUAAAAUCAAUGUAUUAGCCUGUAGUUUAGCAAUAACAUGUGAGUAAAAAAAAAACUUGACACCUCAAAAAACCCCAAUUUAAGGAGAAAUUAUGUCAUGAUUGUAAAAUAUGGCCUGAAAGAGUAUGUUCUCCCAAAUAAUUUGAUACCACAUUUAUGUGUUAACGCUUGUAUGAUCAGGAGGUAUUCUUUGCAGCGAUGUAAAUAUUGAUUUGCGCCAAAGUAAGGCAUGACUGCGGUGAAUGAAUCCAGAUGUCAAUGAUGUCAUAAUCCUACAGCGGUUGCAUUAACAUCCAUUUCAAAACACCCGUUCAAUAAUUUACAAUGUAAUUGUUUAAUAAACACUUUAUAAAAUCAAUUCUCAACUUAACGUCCUGGCAAAUAUGUUUAACUCAUGUAGGAUUAUAUCAGGAUUCAUUCAUUGUGGUCAUGCCUUUGGCUCAAGUCAAAAUUGACAUCACUGUGAAGAAUAACUACUGAUUAUCCAAUGGUUAACACAUACCACAUAAACAUGGUAUCAAUUUUCCAGCCAUAAAUAAUGAUAAUGCGUUUAUAACAUUUUUUUCAUUUUUUUCCUGUAAAAUGGGGAUUUUGUGUCAUGUUUUAGGACUCGCAUGGUAUAAGAAUACAUACACAAAAUUCCAUUCAGUG